AUGAGACUUGCUAUUGCCGAAUUUACCAAUCAUGCUGGUGAUUGGUACCAACAUCUCAAAUCCGAGAGAAGAAGAAAAGAGGAGGAUCCAAUAGAGACAUGGGAAGAACUUAAAGAAGCCAUGAGAAAAAGGUAUGUUCCAAAACAUUAUGAAAGAAAUUUCAAAACUAAAUUGCAAGGUUUGAGGCAAGGAACAAAAAGUGUGGUGGAAUAUUAUCAAGAGAUGGAGACUAUGAUAGAAAGAGCAAAUGUUAGAGAAGAAAAAGAAGAUACCAUGUCUAGAUUCCUUGGAGGGAAUGGUAUACUUGAUUCAGAUGAUGAAUAUGAGGAUCAUGAUUCACAACUUGUGGAAGAAAUCGCAGCAUGUGAUGAUGAGUAUGUUGAAGAAGACCGAAUGGAGCGAAUUGAAAUAGCCUUAGGUAAUCUUCAAGGGAGGGAAGUACUCUUGAAUGAAGGAGUUGAAAAUGAAGAAGAUGACAAUGUCACCCUUUUAGCGGGACAUAGUCCUAGGGGAGGGAGAGAUGUCGGUCGAGGGAGAGGAAGAGUCAGAAGAAGGGGUAGAGAAAUUUUAGCACAAAAAAGAAUUGAGAGAGAGUACCCAUAUGAGAGAGAAAAAGAAAAAGGAGUUGGGGGAGUAAAUCUAAAAAUUCCAACUUUCUAUGAGAGAUCUGAUCCAUAUGAGUAUUUGCAAUAUGAGAGCAAAAUUGAGCAUACAAUUUUGAAAUCAGAGUGGAGGAGAAAUUAUGAAGAACCAAUUGAAGCGUGGGAGGAAUUGAAGACAUUAAUGAGAAAAAGGUACAUUCCUAAGCAUUAUUCUCGAGUACUCAAGCAAAAACUCUAUACUUUACAACAGGGAUCCAAGAGUGUUGAAGAAUAUUACAAAGAAAUGGAGACCCUUAUGAAUAGAGCAUCUAUUGAUGAAGAUGAGGAAGAUACAAUGGCUAGACAACAGGGAUCCAAGAGUGUUGAAGAAUAUUACAAAGAAAUGGAGACCCUUAUGAAUAGAGCAUCUAUUGAUGAAGAUGAGGAAGAUACAAUGGCUAGACAACAGGGAUCCAAGAGUGUUGAAGAAUAUUACAAAGAAAUGGAGACCCUUAUGAAUAGAGCAUCUAUUGAUGAAGAUGAGGAAGAUACAAUGGCUAGACAACAGGGAUCCAAGAGUGUUGAAGAAUAUUACAAAGAAAUGGAGACCCUUAUGAAUAGAGCAUCUAUUGAUGAAGAUGAGGAAGAUACAAUGGCUAGAUUCCUUGGUGGGUUAAACCGACAACUUGCUCAUCAAGUGGAUAGUCAUGAUUGUCCUAACAAGAGAGUCAUGAUCAUCAAGAAUGGACAAGUUGUCACAGAUAGUGAGGAACGUGACCAUGAUGAGCUAGUUGAAGAAGAAAUCCAGGAGAAUGAGGAGGAACUGGAAGAUGGGAGUCAUUUGGAGAAGGAGAACUCCAAGAGGUAUGGUAUUUCAAAGUCAACUACUUUCAACACUUGGAAAAAGAAUGCAAAUGUUGAAAAGAUAGAUUUCAAAGUUGGAGGCAAGUAUGAUCUUGACAAAAAGAACAAAGAUGAGACCUCCAAGGGUAAAGAGAAAGCGGAUGAAUAUAAGGAGAUUUGA